CAACACACACUCUCAUAAUUCUCAUGAAUCAUGGCUCCUGCUUGGUUGGAAUGAAAACCUGCACCCACGCCGGCCCUUUCCAGAUAAGAUAACACCCCUGUUGUAUAUAAAGGGCCAGACGUGCUGCUCAUUACAGAAAUCUGAUCAAAACCGAGUGACAGAGUGAGCCUGCUGAGGAAACUCUACGUUCAGAAAAAUACCACAGGUUUUAGAUACAGAGACUGCGUAACAGCAUGGCCGCUGUGUCCGACAUGAAGACAGUGUGGAUCGGGUUCAUGGAUAUCGUUCCCGUCAUCGGGACGGUAAAAGAGUCAGUGGAGUUGGUGUUGGCUCUGUAUGAAGGGAAUAAAGCCGUGAUAAAGAAGAAAGAGAAGGCCCUUGAAAACACUAUGGAAGUGUCAUUAAAAACACAUGUGAAGAAGUCGACUCUUCCUGAUAAACCAGCAGCAGCUGCAGUAGCAACAACUGAAUUUUCUGGACUCAAAAAUGUGACAGAGGUCAGAAUGGAAAAUAUUAUUGAAUAUAUGGGGAAAGGUUCCAAAAAGGGAACAAAACCAUCUCAAGCUCAUCAGGGAGAGAGAAAGAAAAGAGUGGAGGAUAUUAAGUGUAAAGUGUUAGCAAACAGUCAUAUCAUCAAUCCAAAGUUCAAUCAGGAUCUGGGGGAAAACCUGAAAAGGUCGAAAAGAGGCGAACACGUCUUCAACAACGGCAUCCUUAAAUUUCAUUACAAAGUGCUGACUGAUUUUAUACAUAAACAUCGUAUGAAUCCUCUACAAGGAUAUGAUCAGCAGGCAAUGGACGAAUUAGGCAGGCACCCACUUCCCCAAAGCACAGCAACAGAAAUUCAGACAAACAUGGUGGUUUUCUUUGAUAAUAAUGAAGACUACGUGGAUGCGAACGCAAUCCCGUUUGGUCAAUAUUGCAGAGCGCUGCAUGACGCUUUGUUAGUCGUGCUGGGCCACAUAAACCCAAACGAUGUGACAGACGAGGACGGAACAAGGGUGGAAACUCUCCUAAAUGAUAUGAAUAACCUUCAAAUCUAUGUGGACCAAGCGGCAAGACAAAAGUGGAUUGACAGUAAUCCGGGUGGACAGGCCCGGUUCGAAGCGGUCAGACAGCAAGUGAGCGACAUGUUCAGCAGGGGUCAUGUUUUUAACUGGUGUCACCGCGUUAUGCGUCAAGUUGAACCUUUGUUUAACCAGAGAUCAUGAGAUUAUUUCUCGUGCUCAGGGUUGCCAGGUCUUCCUUUCAUAAUCCAUCCCAACUACAUCCUAAAUCCCAUAGACCUGAAACUAACUCAAAAAACUUUGGACAUUGGAAAAAACACACACCAGUGUUUCCUUUCCAAACAGUUCACCGUGGUAAAAUUAGCAAUAUUUCCAACACACCUUGAGUUUAGGGUUUUAUCAUCCAAUUUCCUCUCCCAACCUGUGCAGAAAUGCUUCUGAACAUGUUUCUCUACAUUACACUUUCCCUUUGUUUACCACAGCCAGUGGUUUUGUGGGGAAACAUAUUUGCUUUAAUUCUGAAGUUUUAACUUUAAAACAACAUCUUGGUUUUUAAAUUUUACUUUAAAAAAAAAAACAACGGUGCUCAUUUCCAACAAAAAGAUUAAUGCACUUAGAUAAAUAUCUGUAAAUCAAAUUUAAAGCGGAGCCUAAUAAAGCUGAAUUUGAGUUCUUAUUGAAAUGAGUGAAACCCCUUCAGAUGAUUCAGAAUGCAGCAGCACACCUUGUCUUCAACCAGUCCAAGAGAACCCAUGUCACACCCCUCUUCAUCUCCCUCCACUGGCUUCCUGUAGCCGCCCGUAUUAAAUUCAAGGCCUUGAUGUUCACCUACAAAACCUUGACUGGAACAGCACCCUCCUACCUCAACUUUCUCCUGAAGGCUUACGUUCCCUCACACAAUCUGCGAUCGAUUAGUGAGCGACGCUUAGUAGUUCCUACUCAGCAUGGCUCAAGGUCCCUUUCAAGAACCUUCAAACUAACUGUUCCUCAGUGGUGGAAUGAACUUCCAAGCUCAAUCCGGACCGCAGAAUCUCUCAUCAUCUUCAAAAAACAUCUAAAGACCCACCUCUUCCGUGAACAUCUAACCAACCCAUGAUAAAUAAAUAAAUGAAUAAAUACAUUUUUAAAAAUCUGCACUUACACCUCUACUCUGCGCACUUUGCUUCUUCUCAAACUCAAUUAAUGGAUCUUGUAUGGUAACACUACUUGUAUUGUUCUCUGCUUGAUAAUCGCUUUGCUUGUAUUUUCUCAUUUGUAAGUCGCUUUGGAUAAAAGCGUCUGCUAAAUGAAUAAAUGUAAAAAGUAAAUGUGAA